CCAUUAUAAAUAGCGGCCUUUUACUCUCAACAAAUUAAACACCACUUUUACACCACCACCACCCUCUAGCGUCCAACCUUAUUUUUCAUAAUUAAUUUCAAUCAACAUGAGUUAUUACAAGCCAUCUUUUGUGCUACUACUAGUUACAUUUAUCUCUAUUCAGUUGACUUUCCCACUUUGCAGUGGAGCUCCGUCGUCACCUGAAGAAAUAUAUUGGAAAACUAAAGUAGGCGAUAUCCCUAUGCCAAAACCUUUGAAGGAUAGCUUGCGUCUAGGACCAAAUGAAAGAGUUGUGCAACUCAACUCGAAUUACAAACAGGAUUUUGGUACACAUGAAGCCCUGUUGUAUGUUUGGGGAGGACAUGUUGCAAAAACUCAAAUUCCGCAAGAUGGUCGAGUGAUAUAUUUCAAAGAUGAUAUAUUGUCGAAAGUCGGAGUUAAAAUGAAGUUGUACUUCAAGAAAAUCAAUAAUCAAGCCAAGUUUUUGCCGUUGCAUGUUGCGAAAAUCCUGCCUACUACAUCGGACAAAUUUCAAGUGAUCCUAAAUCUUCUUUUUGUGAAUCCUAAAUCCACUUUAGCUCAAGAUAUUGAGUUGAUGAUGAAAAAAUGUGAAGAAAAAGGUGUCAAAGGUGAGAUAAGGAAUUGUGUUAAUUCAUUGGAAGAUAUGGUUGACUAUGUUACGUCAGCAUUAAAUUUUGGAAAAAAUAAGUUGGUUGUGGCGUCCACGAAGGAGGAUUAUGGUAUCCUUUUGGAAUACACUAUUCAAAAAGUACAACUAUUAGGAAGUCACGUUGUGGUGUGUCAUAAAAUAAGGAAUCCAUUUGCUGUGUUUCUUUGUCAUAGCAUACAGAAUACUUAUUUAUACAAUGUUUCUAUGGUUCGCGCUAACGGGAAGCAAACGGAGGCAUUUGCAAUUUGUCAUAAGGACACUUCUUUUUGGAAUCCAAGACAUUAUGCCUUUGAGUUUCUUAACACCAAGCCGGGUGGGAAGCCUAUAUGUCAUUUUGUUUGUGCAGAAGCAAUAGUUUGGUAUAGGCUGCCAAAAAAUAAUGGCGAGGAAUAAGAAGUGUGUUUUAAGUAUAAACACCAAGCUGGGUGAGAAGCAUAUGUGUCAUUUUGUUUGUGUAGAAGCUCUUCAUAUCAUAUAAUAAAUAUGAAUUGUUUAUGAUCAUGAAAGAAGAAAGGGAUUUUUUUACCCAUUCAAGAGACAAAAGAUGGAAAAUGAAUAAAUAAGAUUAGCUCAUAACUUUCAGUUCA